CUAGACCUGGGCCACUUAGGCCUUAGCCAUGUGCAAGAGCGAUGCUCCCACUGGAUGGAGGAGCACAAUAAAAGAGGGGGGCUAACCAUCACAAUUCCUGAAGAAAGAAUGAAGUCUGAGGUCACUCCCAAGAUGUCGGUUCUCCAAUAUCCGGUUGGACUGAGGAGCAUCAUGACCUCUCUAGUGGCCUUCUUCUUCGUAGUCAGCUCAGUCCCCCUCUUGUUCGACCGAGGCCAGGAAACACAAGUGCAAAUGGUGUUGGAGCAUGAAAACCAAGAAAUGCAGGUGAAGGUGGCGGCUGCGCACCAUGAUCAGCAGCUGAGAGGCCAGGAAGCAGAGGUGCAGUGGAGAGCUGAGCUCCAGGACUCGACGAGGGGUGCCGGCAAGGAGUGCAAGUGGUCGAGGGGGCGGUGGGUGUACGACAACAUGUCUCGGCCAUUGUACUCCGGGCUCAAGUGCAGCUUCAUCUUCCCCGAGGUGGCUUGUGACAAAUAUGGCAGGAAAGAUGUCAUGUACCAGCACUGGAGAUGGCAGCCUCAUGGAUGCGACCUUCCGAGAUUCGACGCCACCAAGCUGCUUGAAAAGCUGAGGAACAAGAGAUUGGUGUUUGUGGGCGAUUCAGUCAACAGGAACCAAUGGGUUUCCUUGGUGUGCAUGGUGGAGGCCUCUAUACCUGAUGACAGGCUCAAGAUGCGUGUCUACAAUGGCUCACUCAUUUCCUUCAAGGCAUUGGAAUACAAUGCAACGAUAGACUUCUACUGGUCGCCGCUGCUGCUGGAGUCCAACAGCGACAACCCCAUUAUCCACCGGGUGGAGUACCGAAUCAUAAGGGCAGACAGGAUCGAGAAGCAUGCCAGUGUCUGGAGAGAUGCUGACAUCAUUGUCUUCAAUUCUUACCUGUGGUGGAGGAAGCAGAAGGAUGACAUGAGGAUGAAGGUCAUGUACGGAUCAUUUGAAGAUGGUGAUGCAAGGUUAGACGAAAUGGAAAUGGUCGAUGGUUUCGAGAUAGCUCUCAAGAAACUAACCGAAUGGCUCGGAGAGAAUAUUGACAAGAACAAGACUAGAAUCUUUUUCGCAGGAUCAUCACCUACACAUUCCUGGGCUAGCGACUGGGGUGGAGAAGACCGCAACAAAUGUCUUAAUGAAACGGAGCCGAUCUACAAAACCGGAUACAAAGCCGCAACUACAGAUUAUAGCUUGAUGGCCAUGGCUAAGUCGUAUUUUGGAACAUUGGAGCAGAAAGGUAUACAUGUUCAGAUACUGAAUAUCACGGAGCUGUCUGACUACCGCAAGGACGGGCAUCCGACAGUGUACAGGAGACAGUAUGUUCCUCUAACGAAAGAGCAGAUUGCAAACCCAGCCAGCUAUGCGGAUUGCACGCAUUGGUGCCUCCCCGGUGUUCCCGAUGUCUGGAACGAGUUUUUGUAUGGCUACCUUAUGUACAAAUGAUGUACUAUGCCAGAUUAUGUACUAUAUGUGAUGUACAAAUGGCAUAUCUAGGUUAGGCUGCUUUGGUGCAGACUACAUUACAUUUACAUGUAGAGAGAAAAGGAGAACUCAAAGCAUGUAUAGUGUGUAUCAGACCAGUUCUUGGCAUCAGACAGAGCAAUCGAAUUCUGAAAAAAAAAAACAUAGAAAUUUGCCAUAACACGAAACAA